AUGGAGUUUCCGUUGCACCUCAUGGGGCUUGCUUUGAACCCCAUGAGAUUUGCUUUGAUCCCUUGGAGGCUUGUUUGGCGCCCUUAUGGGCUUGCUUUGGACCUCAUGGGGCUUGCUUUGAACCCCAUGAGGUUUGCUUUGAUCCCUUGGAUGCUUGUUUGGCGCCCUUAUCGGCUUGCUUUGGACCUUAUGGGGCUUACUUUGGGACCCGUAUGAGCUUGAUGGGGGUUCUUGGGAGGCUUCAUUUAGUCCUAUGGGGGCUUGCUUUAAGGCCCCCGGGAGCUUGAUUGGGGUCCCUGGCGGCUGGCUUUAAACCCUUUGAGCCUUGCUUUAGGCCCCUGAAGGCUUGAUGUAGGUCCUUGGGGGCUUGCUUGACUUUCUUGGGGGCUUGCUUUAGUAUCGUAAAGGCUUGAUUUGGGCUCCUGGGGACAAAGUUUUAAGUACACUGUGUGGUGUUGGCCGUGAAUUCACAAAUUGUUUGUUAUAACAAGUUUUUGUUACAAUAUUUCAUUAUAGCGGCGUGUCACUGUAUUUGACAAUAGUUUUACCAUUAGUAUUAACAAACCCAUUUUCAGCACUCUCUACCUUCUCCUUACCCCAACUUACUGCGCAGUAAAUAUGACCGCUCCAGCCCUGAACAUGACCUGGUUUGUGCGCUCCGUGACCCGCUCCCUAAUGUUGCAGAGCGGCAAACGCAUGCGGAAGUACGCCAAUCAACAAGGCGAAAGCUUCGAUGAUGACUCGAUGGACGCGAUUGAUAGCAAGAUCAUCGGGGAAUACGGUAUUGAGACCAAAGGAAUCUACUAA